AGGAACCGGCGAAGAUAAAACGGAAAGCAAGCAAACGUCCUCCAGAAUGAGCCGGGAAGAAGAGGCUAAGGACAUUCAGCCAGUCCCGUGGAAAGGCGGAGCUGGAGGCGGAGGCUGCCGAGUUUGAACUGGGAGGGCUUGCAAGAUCCGGACUGAACGAAGCUCGGUCCUGCUGGCCUCGGAAGGGAAUGACUCUCAAGCGCGCCCACGAUGGCAGCCUGUACAGCCCAGUCCCACGCAGGCUUCCUCGCGGGGAGGUCCCUAGGAGUCGGUAGGGCUCACCCGCGGGUAGGCACACGUGGGAUUUGCAAUCUGGCGACCCCCUCCCCACCCUGUGCGUGUGUUCCCGGAAGUAAGUCAGAGGGGCUACGCGCUUUCUUUCAUUCACGUCCCGAGAAUCCUUACGCCUGUUUUCCUCAGAAAUCAGUCUCGCUGGGUUCGUAGGGGGCUUGCCUGCAAGAAGAGGCGCCUGAGAUCGCUGCCUUGCCGCCGAAUCCCAGCCACGCAUGCUUUACACGGGAGGAGGCCCCGCGGAAUUCAGUGAGGCAUACUCCCGAGAAACUAUGUGCGGUUCGGCAGCCCCCGAUCCGAUCCGUGUCUACUCAGAAGUACCUGUAUAUCGGGUUCCAUGAAACUUUAACGCAUGCUUACUCGGAAGGAACUUCCGCUACAGUCAAUGGGGCUCUUACGCCCCAGAAAGCGGGCAUCGGAUCGCGGACGCCGGGAAGGAGACGCCCGCUUGCAGGAUCGGACCCACGUGAAGACUGGGAAAUUCCCGGGUUGCUCUUCGCUGGGAGCAGCUGGGGGCAAUGAGCUGCCCCACUUCGACGGACUAUGGCAGAAGGAAGUAAAACGAGAGUGAAGAAGGAAUUGUAUACCUGUGUUUUGAAUGCAUUUUUUCCUCAAAGAAAGAGCAAAGAUCUGCUCUGACCCAACCUCUGCAGGCUGCACCUUUAUGUGUCAUCUCAGAGGCAGAAAAAAUGUCACAAAUGCUGGUAAAAGAAGACUUUAUAAGUAACUUGAAUGGAACUACCUUGUUGGAGAUCUCUGUUGGUUUACCCCUAGCGCCGUUAUGUCUACUUUCUAGGGGACUUCUGUUGAUCCUGUAUUUUCUCUUCCAUGGGAGACCAUUACAGUCAGCGAGUGUUCAUUUUCUUCUAGACUUCAUGGUCUUAGUCGUCCCGCCGGUGUUUUCCUGCACGGUUUUGGCUUCUGUCCUCCCUUUGGUGAUACUCUCCAUUACAGCGUUCUGUGUUGGCUUGGUUUCUAUCAUAUACAGUCGGAGAACCAAUUACGUGAGAGUGCCGAUUAAGCAAAUCCAAAGCGAUUUCCUGGGGACAAGCUUGGAACCUGAGUACAUUCCUUCGAUAACGGUGUUCCGAGUGUUCAUCAACAUCCUGACGUCCAUCAGUAUUCUGGCUGUGGAUUUUCCCCAGUAUCCCCGACGGUAUGCCAAGACGGAGACCUACGGAACAGGGGUGAUGGAUUUUGGUGUGGGGGCGUUUGUUUUUGGAAACGCUGUGGUUUGUCCAGAGGUUAGGCUGAAGCCUGGCAUGGUGCAGCACAAAGUCUCUUAUCUCGCCAGACAACUUUUUGCCGUGUGGCCUUUACUGCUUCUUGGCUUUGGCCGGGUGAUGAGUGUCAAGGCUGUUGAGUACUACGAACAUGUCUCAGAAUAUGGUGUUCACUGGAACUUUUUCUUCACUUUAGCCAUUGUACGGAUGGCCGCAUCACUGCUCUUGACAGUAUUCCCUGUGCACAAAGCGUGGAUCAUUGCAGUGACCCUUGCUGUGGUUUAUGAAUUUUUCCUUGACGUUACACCUCUGAAGAAGUUCAUCUUGCAUGGGAGCGAUGGCCAAGAUUCACGGGCUGGGUUUUUCAAUGCCAACAGAGAGGGCAUCUUUUCUGUCAUUGGCUACUUAGCCAUUUACAUGGCUAGCGUACAAGUGGGCUUAUAUUUGUUGAAGAGGAGGAGCUCAGUGAGAGAGUGGUUUGGCGUGAUCUGCAAUUUCUUAUUUGCAGUUUUCCUUCUCUUUAUCUGUCUUUAUAUAACUCAAACCUACAUAGACACUGUAUCCCGACGGAUGGCGAAUCUCUCUUUUUGUGUGUGGGUUGUUGCUCACUGUCUAUUUCUCCUGAGUUGUUUUUUGGUGGGUGAUCUUCUUCUGUUUUUUUCAAAGCUUCUGGUGGAUGGAGCUAGCAUUCCUUGCAGCUGGAAUUUUACAGAGUCGGUGACGAAUAAAAAACGUGAGCUGGAGACCAAGGAUGGGAAAACAGUGCUUCGGAGUGGGUGCCUGAUCAGUGCUGUGAACAAAAACCAGCUGUUAUAUUUCUUACUAGCAAAUGUCUUGACUGGCCUUGUGAAUAUGGUGGUGGACACGAUUCACAGCAACACACUCGGGGCUAUGUUUGUCCUGCACCUAUAUAUGUUUUCAAACUGUUUGGUUAUGCAUAUAUUGCAAGCAAGAAAUAUAACCUUAAAGUGGUGGUAAUCUUUGUUAAAAAAAAAUAAAGUUGUAUCAUUAUUUUUUUUGCCUGCAGGGCACUGGUUUUCAUGACACUCUUGCAUGCCUGCUGGUCAGAUUGGAAACUAUUAUACUGAGUUAUUUAAGGGGCCUGGCACAGACCGUGGUCAUUUUAAACUGAAGUUUGAUGUGAUAAAGUGUAAUGCCUUUAUAUGUGUAUGCAGCACCAGGACCAAAGAUCCAACUCGGUGGCUGGUGCCCACUGCAACUGGUAGGAGGGAAGGCAGGGAGCCCAAACAGUAGGUGGCGCCAGAGCCAAUGACAGGCAGAGUAAGUCGAUCAUAGCUCAUCUUUUUCCCUGCUGAGUUCUAAAAGAGCAACACUGAGACUGAGGAGGAGGAAGGUGAUAGGCAGUGCCGUCCCCUGGGCUGGUUGUUAAGUAAGGAGGCAGGCACUCUGGCGGUAACUGGCUGAAGACACACUAAGGUUGGUGGGGCAGUGCUCCAGUCGCCCUAACGGACCAGACAAUAAGUCUACUUGUCUCUUGUCACAACAAUCCCCAGAACAUGUGGUAUAAAGUUACAGAAUUUCAGAAGGUUCCAGUUUUAGCACCAGUUGGAAAUGAAGCAGCAUGUCUGAAAUGUUUGCAGGCACAAACUGUAUUGAAAGUGGGACCAUGUGUAACCAUCCUGACGCCAUCAUGAGCACAAAUCAUGAAUGCACAAUAAAAGGAUGUCUGAAGGGGCAUACGUCCUUCCAGGCUCAGUGCUGCUUUUACCGCAUUUAAUUUAAAAUAUGUUUAUGUCAAAAUGCAUGGAGAAAUCCAACCAUUAAAAAAAAGACUUUGGCAUGAGGAGAGUUGGAUCCAUUUCUUGCAAUCUAGACAAAUGCAUAUACAGUAACUGAAAGUGGCGUGUGUGUUAUGUGUAUGAAUGGAAAAAAAAUACUCGGAGGUGAACAGUGGAUCUAGUCAGCAGAAAGUGGUUAUAAUUUGUAAGUGAAUUGCAUCAAAGCUAUGUAUACAGUGCCUCGCAAAAGUAAUCAGACCCCUGAUCAAUGCUCUCAUAUUACUGAAUGGUACAUUGUAAUUUCGUUCUGUAUAUUUUACUUUGAAACACUGAAACUCAAAAUCAAUUAUUGUAAAGUGACAUUGAUUUUAUGUUGGGAAAUGUUUGUAAGAAACAUAAAAAACUGAAGCAUGUUGCUUGCAUAAGUAUUCAUCCCCUGUGCUGUGGAAGCUCCUCGUUUAAAGCUCCUAGUUUAUUAGUGAAAAUGACAUAUGAUAAUGAAUUAUAUUAGGGAAUGUUGCUUUGCGAAAAUGAAUGUAUUAGGCAAAAUUGCCUACCAAAAAAAUAUAUUAUGGGAAAUUUGCACUAAAGUGCUGAUGAAUUUCCAUGAAGGUUUUUUGAAAAAUUGAAAGUGAUGUGGAAAUGUGAACUUAAAUUUGGGAAAUGGAGAGAGACUGACAUUAACAGAUUCGCCCACCUCUAAUAGAGAAUUGUAAAUAUUGCCCAUCAUCCAUCACAGGCCGGCAUGGAAAGCCACCUUUCCCAGCCUGAUAUAAGAGAGUUGAAGACUGCCAUGUUGAUUCUGCAUGGGAUUCUGGAAACUGCCUGUCUGCCAUCAUAAACGGGAUUAGUUUGCCAUUGGCUAAGGGUGUGGGGAGGAAUUCAGCCAGCAAAUACCGCAGCAAAUGAAGCCUAAUUGGCUCUCAUUUCUGAUGUCACAGGCUUAACAAUGACCAAUUCACAGCAGAAUCAUGGCCAGCA